AUGGCGGACGCAGCUCCAGCCCAGGCAUCCCGUGGUGGUUUCCGAGGUGGUUUCGGUGGUCGUGGCCGAGGACGCGGUCGAGGCCGUGGACGAGGUCGAGGCAAGCCCGAGCCAAAGGAAUGGCAACCCGUUACCAAGCUCGGUCGACUUGUCAAGGACGGUAAGAUCAAGUCCAUCGAAGAAAUCUACAACUUCUCCCUUCCCAUCAAGGAGUUCGAGAUCGUUGAUCACUUCAUCGGUCCCUCCCUCAAGGACGAAGUCUUGAAGAUCAAGCCCGUCCAGAAGCAGACCCGAGCCGGUCAGCGAACCCGAUUCAAGGCCAUCGUCGCUGUCGGUGACGGAGCCGGUCACGUCGGCCUUGGCGUCAAGUGCUCCAAGGAAGUCGCUACCGCUAUCCGUGGCGCUAUCAUCCUUGCCAAGCUCUCUGUUGUCCCAAUCCGACGAGGUUACUGGGGUAACAAGCUCGGUGAGCCACACACCGUUCCUUCCAAGGUCCACGGCAAGUGUGGUUCCGUCCACGUCCGAUUGAUCCCAGCUCCCCGAGGAACUGGUCUCGUCUGUGGUCCAGUCCCCAAGAAGCUUAUGCAGAUGGCGGGUCUUGAAGAUUGCUACACCUCCGCUUGCGGCUCCACCUCCACUCUUGGAAACUUCGCCAAGGCUACUUUCCAGGCCAUCUGCGCGACCUACUCCUUCCUCACUCCCGAUCUCUGGAAGGACGAGAAGCUCCCCGUCCCACCAUUCGAGGAGUUCUCCGAGUACCUCGCCCAGAACCACAAGCAGGGUGGCGUCCAGCGAAAGGAAGUCAAGAAGUACUAA